ACGUCUCCUGCAUGGACUGCAGAAUUGUAGACAACAGCUUCACUGACCUCUGGACAGACUCUGACUUUAAACGCAGAUCAACUGCUCUUUCACCUGUAUUUACAGGAUCUUCCCGCCACAGAAUAUUUGUCAGGUUGGAUCAGCUACGUUGGAUACGUUGCAUUUCAAAUCAGAGGUAAUGAUGUAAUCAAUGAAAAACAUUUGGGUCAUCUCUAGUUGAGAACUGAGAGAACAUCUCAACGCAGUGACAGUUGCCUUAUUUAGCAGCCACCAAACCACCCGGGAUUAAAACGUCUUAACAGUAAGAAGUUUAUGAGACCCUAAUGCCUUCCUCCAUGCUUUGUCCAUGUGAUUACACCCAAGACAAGACAAGGCAGAGGGGGAGAACAUAAGGAACACCUGCACACGGACUACAAACAGAAAUUAAAAUAUCAUAACCUUUAAGGCACCGUGUGCCGUAUGUUUUACUCCAGUUAUUCUAAUUGACCAUGUCCUGAAGUAUUUACCACGUAAAGGUACACAAGGACAUACUGUUAGGGAGUAGAGGACUCAAUAUAAGGGUAAAUAAGUUUCAUAAAUGUUUUAAAACCAUUUAUGCACAAAUAUAUAUUCCACUGCAUCAAUCUGAGGACUGUCUUUAAGAUGCAUGGAGCAGCAGCUGCAGAAAUUAAACUGCAUUAGAUUGAAAUUGACUCUCACUGAAGCUAAGACGGUGAGACGGCUCUUCUUUACUUCAUUCACUAUUGCCCUUUUUAGACUAAUCGGAUUGACCGGCCAAUCAGGAAGAGGCACCACCUAGAUCAUGGGCUUAAGCAGAAAGGAUUUAAGGUUGGGACUGAGCCCAGUAGAAAUGCAGAAUUGAUUUGAUCUCUGACAAGUUCCGAUCUGAUCAUCUCAUUGACAAGAGGCCAAGGAAACCAAGAGGGUUUCUAGCACCUCCUCCUGCCCCAAUCCACUUCUGCUAGGAAAUCGCCUUUCAGCACGAUUAGUGCUGCACCCAGAUUCUCUGUAACUCCUCACAGACAGCCUUCAAAAUUUCUAUCAUCGAGGACCUAGACUUUGCUGAGGCAGAAAUGGGUGCCGGAGCAAGUGCAGAGGACAAAAAGUCCAAGGAAUUGGAAAAGCAACUCCAGGAAGAUGCUGAUAAGGACUCUAAAACGGUCAAACUAUUACUGCUUGGUGCUGGUGAGUCAGGAAAGAGCACCAUCGUAAAACAAAUGAAGAUUCUGCAUCAAGGUGGUUACACAAAAGAAGAACAGCUGGAGUUCAGGGCCAUCAUCUACGGAAACAUCCUGCAGUCUGCUCUGGCCAUCAUCAGGGGCAUGGAGAUGCUGAGCAUUGGCUUUGGCUCCUCCUCUGGACAGGAAGAUGCACAGAAGCUGCAGAACUUGUCAGAUUCCAUUGAGGAGGGCACCAUGCCGGCUGAGCUGGCUGAUGUUAUCCAGAAGCUCUGGAAAGACUCCGGUGUGGAGGCGGCCUUCGAGAGGGCUGCUGAGUAUCAGCUCAACGACUCUGCUGGAUACUACCUCAAUGAACUGGACCGAAUCUGCAAAUCAGACUACCUCCCCACUGAGCAGGACGUGCUGCGAUCUCGAGUCAAGACAACUGGUAUCAUCGAAGAACAGUUCUCCUGCAAAGAGUUGCACUUCAGAAUGUUUGAUGUGGGAGGUCAGAGGUCAGAGAGAAAGAAGUGGAUCCAUUGUUUCGAGGGUGUGACCUGCAUCAUUUUCUGUGGAGCGCUCAGUGCAUACGACAUGGUGCUUGUAGAGGACGACGAAGUGAACCGCAUGCACGAGUCCCUCCAUCUAUUCAACAGCAUCUGCAACCACAGAUUCUUUGCCCUGACCUCCAUCGUGCUUUUCCUCAAUAAGAAAGAUCUGUUUGAGGAGAAGAUCAAGAAGGUCCACCUGAGCAUCUGCUUCCCAGACUACGAUGGCCCAAACACGUACGAUGAUGCCAGCGGCUACAUCAAGACUCAGUUCUUGGAACUGAACAUGAAGAAGGGCGUGAAAGAAAUCUACUGUCACUUGACCUGUGCCACUGACACAAAAAACGUGGAGAUUGUGUUCAAUGCGGUCACAGACAUCAUCAUCAAAGAAAACCUUAAGGAUUGUGGUCUUUUCUAAACAGCUGCAGGCUGUGAAGAGAGCUUCAGAACUUUCCUACUUUAACUUCUCACAUAUUGGCAUUAACUAAAGUGAACCGAUGGAGCACAGAGGAUCUACCGUUGAGGAUCCACCGUCCAGACAUCCACGUCUCGUCCCAGUCCUGGCGCCUGGCUGCUUCUUACCAACCUCCAACUGCACAACCCUCCAACACAGUGCACGCACAGCUGGGUUCACAUCACUCUGUAGUCACUGCUGUGUUGUCAUGGACUCACUCAUUUCAAAAUUCUUUGGAUUUUCUAAAGUACGAUGUCGGUAUAACAGCUGCCGAUUCAAGGGUAUGAAGAUCUUUAUCAUUUCCAUUUGACUGCUGUGAUGUAAGUAACUGUUCCUCAUGAAAUCCUGGCUCUGUAAAAUACACGAAACAAUAAGUAAAUAUUUAUAAUGUGAAUAGCAAGGUUGCAAACUUAUAUUUGCACAAAUUAGUCUCUGUGGUCUUGAUGCUGAGCUAAUCUGUGAUAUCCCAAGCACUCCCCAAGGUUGCAAAGUGUCCAGAUUACCAAACAAGUUGUUUAAAUUUAAAUGGUGUUACUUAGCUCAAGCUAAUAUAGUGGACAACCUUUGUACAUAAGAGUAGAUAUUUCAUUUUAUUAUUUGGAGGAUAAUCUGUGUGAAGCUAUGAGAAAAACAGGACGAACCGUAGAAGGAAGGUGUUUUACUAUAAAAGGGAGAUGAAAAUCAACGUUCCUUUCUUAUGAAAAGUAGAGGCAUGAAAUAAAGAUGCAUUAACUUCACAUUUUCACUGUGUCAGUCAUUUGGUCAAUAAUGGUAGUCCAGAUACCAAGAUGAUGGAAAUUCAUUGACAAAAACCUAUUAUGGAGAAUGUAUAAUUAAUGCAGCAAAUAUGUUAAAGGCUGAGAAGACUGUGAACUGAGGCACCGGGGAAUUAUACAUAUGAAGCGAAGGGUAGAUUUUAAAUUUUAGCACCGUGUAUUGUGCAGCCGUCCAGGAUAUCAGCAGUCGUUGUUUAUUAGUUCAUUAGC